AUGGACGGACUACUUUCCAUGAGCCCCCAGAUGGGCGAGCCGAUGUCUGAUCUUUUUGGGUCGCAUCUUGAAGAAAAAGACGUUCUUGACGAGUUUCUCGACAUGAGGCUGUACGAACAAGGCACACGGGCCGUGGAGCUUCACGAACAACACGAUCAGUUCGACCAAGAACUACACGAAAUGGUGAAGCAACAGUUUGCCGACCGUUCCCCAAAUGCCAUCAAAGUCGAGCAGGAGGAGUUCCCCGAGUUUGUCACUCCAGAAGAGAACUUUAGCCACCAUGUGUACACAAAUGACCAGUCAGAAGAAUUCGACCUGUUUGAACAGAGCCGGCAGGAACUGAUGAAACUCAAGUUCGGAGGACUGGGUAACGCCCCCGAUUUGCCAAGUUUCGAGGAACUCGCAGACAAAAUCCAGAUGAAGGGCGACACUAACGACGUCACCACAAGCACACUACCCCACGACUACAUCAAUGACAACAGCAGCCCAAUGUACAACUUGGAAAUCAAGGAACUGCCGUCCUCCUCCAGAGUGGAAACCCAAAUGAAGAUCCAACUUAGCAUAUCUCCUCCGCCACCACAGUUCCUGCUCCAUCUUCCAAGGGACACGAUCGCCAAGCCUAAACUCACGCUCGAAAGCUCAGAGGUCCCCGACAGCGUGAAACCUCACAUGCUGUUCUUGGAUACCUUUGUGGUUGGUGCAAGCAACCACUCGACCUCCGACGCACACUAUGAACGGCUUCGGUCCUGUAACGUGUGUAAACGGUGCAUGAGAAGAGAAAUGAAGAGGGCUUCCAGAAGAAAACGUGGUAUUGCUGAGGACUCGAUCAACUGGAACCUGAACGUGCCGAGAAGAGCCAUCAUUUUCAACAGUAAAGAAGUGAUUUCUUUCCCAAGACCAACAGGAAACGGAUCCAACGAGAAGACCAUUGACCUGCUCACGAGAAUUGUGUGCUACUGCAGACACCACCAGGAACCUAAUGGAUUCAAGCUGUUCUUUGUGCUAAAGGACGCAAACGACAAUAUUCUGGGUAGAACGUUGUCGAAACCGAUUUUGAUUAUGGACCGGAAGAAGCUGUUGAAGGACGGGGAGCAGUCGUACUCUCCAGAACAGGAAAUGCAGUCGAUCAAGCAGGAGCCAAGGUCCAACCUCCACUCGGUCGACGAUUCUUCCAGCGAGAACACCAGCGCCAGCACCGCAACGCAUCUCACAACCGCAGCCUCGCUCAUCACGCAACAACUGCCGCUCGCAGACGAUUCACGGACAUUCAAGCGUCAAAAGAGACAUUUGUCGCCUGCGGACAGCUCGUCAGGUACGUACUACGACGCUGUGCAACAACAUAGAUCCAAACCGAUGAUGGCAACGCGUCAGGACUCGGUUUCGUCCACUAUCAGCAAAAAGGAUCCAACCUCUCCAAUGAGCUCCGACAACUUGUCUCCGCAAAACUGUUUUGGAACCUCCUCGGCAACAAGCAUCUUCUCCACAACGCCGGAGAAGAAGUCGUCGUCUUUCGCACACCUCGCACAAAACCACUCGAACGCCAACAUCGCUGGCACCCUUGGGCAGUCGACCGCCUCGUCUUCGGUUCCCACCAUCCAGAGAAUUAUUCCUGCGCAGGGACCGAUCAGAGGUGGUAUUGAAGUCACUCUACUUGGUUCAAGCUUCAGGCCGGGCCUCACAGUCAAGUUUGGCUCGAAUGUGGCUCUUGCUACGCAUUGUUGGUCGGAUUCUACAAUUGUCACAUAUCUGCCUCCCGCUUCGCAGCCUGGUCCGGUGCUUGUGACGUUUGAGGACUCGUCCAGAGACGGUAAGAACGGUGUUUUGAACUCGUCUUCGCAGCAGGUGUUCACCUAUACCGAUGAUUCUGACAGACAGCUUGUUGAGCUGGCUUUACAAAUUGUUGGGCUCAAGAUGAACGGAAAAUUAGAGGACGCGAAAAAUAUCGCAAAGCGCAUCAUUGGAAAUAACAGCUCCAAUGUCCAACAGCAGCAGCAGCAGCAAAAGUCGCGCCAAUCGUCGGAUUAUGGCGAUUGGGUCGAGCAGGCCACUUUGAAGAUGACAGAACUGUCUAAGACUUCUGUGGACCAUGAAGAGAUGCUGCUGAAGUUCCUGUCGAUGUUGAAGCUGCCAAACUCUCCAAUUGCGGUUCCAAACUGGGCCAUCUGCACGCCUGAGGGCCAGACGAUGCUCCACUUGGCUUGCAUCAAGGGCUACGGCAAGCUUUGUCGGUACCUUGUGGAGAACGGUUGCAAGCUGGAUUACCGUGACAUGAGCGACAUCACGCCUCUGCACUAUGCGUUUGUGAACGGACAGCGUGGUAUCAUCAAGCUUUUGGUGAAUUACGGUGCUGUUGCGUCAACGAAGCUGAACAACGGUUUGACAUUGAAGGACAUUUCGGACUCCAACGUGCUGGAUCUGCUUGAAGGCUCCACUGGAGGCCAGUUCCCAUCGGUGAGCAGACGGUUAUCGAACGACUCGAUCGACUCGAUCUUCGACGCGUACAAGACCACGAGCUACGAGCCGAAGUUUGUCACUGUUGGCAAGAGCGGGCUCAAGAGCGCGGAUUUCUUUGAGAACGAGUCGCAGGACGGAGACGAAGAGGACGAGUUUGAGGCCGACGACGAGGACGAGCUGGAGUCGGACGCGGACCUUGCUGUUCCUGCCACGGAGCGGGCCAGCAAGACCGAGACCACGGGUGUGAGUUUGUGGCUGAAGAUGAGCAAGGCGUUUGGCAAGAAACUGUCGUCGAUGCCUGUUCCUAGCGACACCGACGAGAGUGAGGACGGCCAGGAGGAGCUGCUUCCGUCGUACCAGGAGCUGUUCCCUACGUACUCGUCUUCGCGGUCGCUGAUCAACUUCCGGGGUCACGACUCGGAGUCCAAGAAGAGCGCCAAAGCCAAGCUGCAGGAGAGCACCACGACGUCUCCGAUGGAGAUUUCGCUCAAGGCUUCGCAAAAGACGUUGGACGCAGACAAGCGUCUGUUAUUCUUCUGGCUGCCGUUCAUGCUGUUACUGUUGCUGGUUCUUGUGGGCAACCAGCUGGAGCUGAUCACGCUGGACAAUUUCACGGUUGUUUCCAACACGAUCGACGGGAGCCGGAACGUUCUUGGACGGCUGAUGCUGGGCAAAGAGCGGUUUACCGGGCUGUUGAACGAGAACCUGAACUACGGACGAGAGCGGGUGAACAACCUGCUGAACGACGUGAACGGGGCGGUUUUCACUGCGGUGGCCGGCCGUUGA